AUGGUGUUUUUCAUCGCUUUAAUCAGUGCUUUAAGUUUGAUCAUUUGUGUAUAUUUAAUAUUUUAUUCUCCUUAUCGUAUACGUAAUUGGCAUGGUUUUAUAAUAUUAUUUUUUACAUUUACAUUUCAUUCAAUAUUUAUCUAUACUUUACCAUUUUGUCAAAUUUAUCUUGUAUAUUUUCUUAUAUUUAUUGAUAUUAAUUCUUUCAAUUGUUUUUAUCAUACAAUAAUUAUUUUUUAUUGUGUAUUUGAAUCAUUUUUCUUUUUAUUUAAUGUUGAAGAAGCAAGAUUUUUAAGUAAUCGUCCUUUACCUGAACGUCUUCCAUUACCAAAGAAUUAUGAUGAACAAUUUGUUGAUAGAAUUUUAAAUGUUUAUGAAAAAUCUCAAGAUGAUUUUCGUGUAUGUUUUGUUGGAUGGUUUAAUGGUAUUAAAAAUUCAUCUUGUGAUUUAAUUUAUGAAGAAAAUAUUUUAGAAUAUAUAGCUAUGGCAACAUAUGGUAUUGAAUAUGGAAAUGAAAUGACUGAUGAACAACAACAACAUAUAAAAAGAUUAUUAUAUAAAGGAUAUUUAAAAAAAUAUCCUAAACAACGUUCAAAAAUAAAAUCUGGUUAUAACCAUCAAAUACAAUUGAAACAUCCUAAUAAAGAUCCAAUUCAAUAUACACAUUAUCCUUUGUUAAAAUAUUUGUUGUUUGCAUUUGUACGUAGUAUUACGACAUCCAUACUUAAAUCAAUGGGAUAUGAAUAUCACAAUGUUGAUAAUGUUGUGUUUUAUGUUAGAAAAUACCCGAAAAAAACAAGAUUGCGACCAAUUUUAUUUCUUCAUGGUUUAAGUCUUGGUGCAAAUACUUAUAUUUUAUUUAUACGUCGUUUAGCAUCUCUUAAUCGAACAAUAAUUCUUCUCGAUAUCCCACAUGCAAGUAUGCGUCUUUAUACAGAAAUUUUUUCUAUGUCAACUAUUAUAUCAUCUAUUGAAAAAUUACUUAUUACACUUAAUGAACAAUAUAUAAUAAGUAUUAGUCAUAGCUAUGGUACACUUAUUCAAUCAUGUCUUAUUAAACAAUUAUCACAUAGAGUUUAUAAUCAAGCAGUUAUUUUUAUUGAUCCUGUUUGUUUUCUUAUAUUUGAUUCACGUUAUAUAAAUAAUUUUAUUUAUCGUCAACCACGUACACCAAAUCAACUUUUAUUACAUACUGCUUGUGCGGAUGAUCUAUAUUUAAUUUAUGCUAUUGAACGUAAUCUAUGUUGGUAUGAAUGUAAUUUAUGGGCAGAAGAUAUAAAACAAAGUCAAAUUCGAAUACAUGUAUUUUUAUCUGAAAAUGAUGAUAUUAUACCAGUUUCAUUUGUAAAAGAAUAUUUAAGAAAAUCUAAUAUUGAUACAACUAUUAUUCCACAAUUUAAACAUGGUCAAUUUAUAAUAACACCAAAAAUUCAAGAUGAUAUUUUGAAUAUGUUAUAUAAAUUAGAAGAAAAACCAAUGAUUAAUGAUUAUAAUGAUGACGAUAAUGACGAAUUAGCAUAUUUUUAA